AUGGCUGACAUUGGAGUUGCUUCCAAUCCGCCGCAGAUGACGGCCCAACCCCAGCCGAACCCCUGCUAUGAAGGGGCCCAGAAUGGGCAGGUCAACGCAUCGCAAAUGCCCCCGCCUCCGCUUCACAUCCCCCAGAACACCAACCCGAUACCAACGGCCAUAACAUCUCCCAUGUCUGGCGGCGAAAACGGUGGCAUGAUGUCCCCCGGUGGUUCGGCCGGCUUCCGGCGAGCUGCCCCUGAGCCUAACAAGCGGGCUCUCUAUAUCGGCGGACUGGACCAGCGAGUUACGGAAGACGUCCUCCGUCAAAUCUUUGAGACUACUGGUCACGUCCAGAAUGCUAAGGGCUACAACUAUGGGUUUGUGGAAUAUGACGACCCUGGUGCCGCCGAGCGCGCCAUGCAGACAUUAAAUGGACGACGAGUUCACCAAUCCGAAAUCCGCGUCAACUGGGCCUACCAGUCCAACACGACGAGCAAGGAGGACACGUCUGGCCACUUCCACAUAUUUGUCGGCGACUUGUCUAAUGAGGUCAACGACGAGGUCCUCCUACAGGCCUUUUCAGCAUUUGGCUCAGUGUCCGAGGCUCGCGUCAUGUGGGACAUGAAGACAGGCCGCACGCGGGGCUACGGCUUUGUUGCCUUCCGCGACCGUCCUGAAGCCGAGAAGGCGUUGAGCUCCAUGGACGGAGAAUGGCUCGGAUCGCGAGCCAUUCGCUGCAAUUGGGCGAACCAGAAGGGCCAGCCAUCCAUGGCCCAGCAGCAGGUAAUGUCCUCUAUGGGCAUGACGCCAACUACACCGUACGGCCACCACCAGUUUCCAUCCCAUGGCGUUGCCAGCUACGAGGUUGUUCUCAGCCAAACCCCGAGCUGGCAAACAACCUGCUAUGUGGGUAACUUGACUCCUUACACGACAGCAAACGAUGUCGUGCCCCUGUUUCAGAAUUUUGGCUUCGUUGUGGAAUCCCGUUUCCAGGCAGACCGCGGGUUCGCUUUUAUCAAAAUGGAUUCGCAUGAGAACGCCGCUAUGGCCAUCUGCCAGAUGAAUGGGUACAACGUUAACGGCAGGCCCCUCAAGUGCAGCUGGGGCAAGGACAAGACUCCAAGCAGCGCCCAGCAGCAGACUUUUGACCCGUCGCAACAAUACAGCUCGCAGAGCCCGCAGACUUCUGCGGGUUAUCCAGGCACCCCCACCUACUACUCACAGUAUGGAGGUAAGUAUCAACCCUCCAUGCAGAAGGAGACUAUUUGUCUAAUGCCAGUUAUGUCAGCCCAAUAUGGGAACCAGCCUGGCAACUUUGGCGGUCCCCAAUCGGGAUCGCCAGCCGGCUACGGCGACUCUCCCAUGGGAUAUGGCGGAUCUCCAACUGUGGGUGGAUUUGGCCGCGCGUCGCAGACACCCAACGCCCAGUGGAAUCAGCCCCAAGCAGGCCAGGCCUACAAUAACGGAUUUGGUGGGUAUCAGCCUUGA